AUGGAUGUAUUCAAAAUAGAUUUAAAGCAGUCACAAAUCCAUUCGAGUCUCGUUGAAAGCAACAACAGCACGAAUAACAGUAGCCAAAUACAUAAUACGUAUCCGUCCGGCGUAGCCGGUGACGCCGACAUCCGUGAAGUGCAUCAAAACAUCCACCAACACCAGCAUCACCAUAUCGAUAAUCAUAAUCACCAGCCCUAUUACAGCAUAAACGGCCACGGCGAUUGCGAUGACAAAGACGAUCCACUGGCUGAAGUAAGUUUCGACGCUAAUUCCGAUUUCAAUUUGCACUUCUUCGAUACGCCCGACGAUUCAUCGACACAAGGUGCCUUCAGCGACGCUGGUUCGCUUGAAUCCGAUGCGUAUGCUACUAGUUCCCCACCAACACCUCCGCUACAAUCACACUGCACGAAAGUUGAAGUCUUGAAUGACGAGUCGGUGACGGCAGCGACGUCAGCAGCACAAUCAAUCGUUGUAAGCACAAUAAAUUCUCAGCCCAGCACAAAUGCGGAAGUUAGCGAUUCACUAAAACUAUUGGCAGAUGAUUGUACAUCCUUUUAUCAGCAUCCGUCAGUGUCAUCACUAAACGGCGGCGCCACAUCACUGGGAAACACACCUAAUUGCGGUGCUUAUAUUGGCUCUGGCAAGGCAACACAAUCAAGCGACGGUGGCAUCUCCUGCAACACUGUCAAUUCCUCUUCGUCUGCUUCAUCCGCUUCGUCAACACCCGCGUCGUCGGCCUCAUCAGCAGCUUCUACAUCUCCCAUAGCAUCUAUUAGUAACGGUAGUGCAGCAGCAACAGCCGCACAUAUCAUUGCGCUUGGCAAUGGUGGAGGUACAUUGUACUCCAACAGCAGUCUCCAUUCAUUCUGUCAAUCGCAUUCGUCAUCCUCAUCCGGCUGCUCUUCAAAUUCUUCGGCCGGUAGCAGCUGCAGCCACAACGGCAACACCACAACUGGACACAUUGGACGUAGCAACGGACCCACAGUAUCAACGUUGGGUGUUGAGCAUUGUCUUGGGGACCGCCAUCAUUCAGCAGCAGCAACAUCAGCAACAGCAGCCCCAACGAACGCCUGCGCCGCAGUCACCAACACUACAUUGGCUAAUGUAAAAUUAUCACAGGAUCAGCAAUUUGCCAUAGCGGACUCGAAUUCCAACAGUGUUACGAAAUCAUUUGUACCGUGCAAAGUUUGUGGCGACAAGGCGUCCGGCUACCAUUAUGGUGUAACCUCUUGCGAAGGUUGUAAGGGUUUCUUUCGCCGCAGCAUACAAAAACAAAUCGAGUAUCGUUGCCUGCGUGAUGGUAAAUGUCUGGUGAUACGUUUGAAUCGAAAUCGUUGCCAGUAUUGUCGCUUCAAGAAAUGCCUGUCGGCGGGCAUGAGUCGAGACUGUAAGUGAAAACCG